ACAGCGGAGCAACAUUGUAAACACACCGCGUCCAUUUUCAAAGCAGUCCAGAGAAACGUCGCACAUCACCGCUGAACAUGGGGGCCGUACUCGGGCUUUGUUCCAUGGCCAGUUGGAUUCCUUGUCUUUGUGGCAGUGCUCCUUGCCUGCUGUGCGGAUGCUGCCCAAGUGGAAACAACUCCACUGUCACUCGCCUGAUCUAUGCCUUCUUCAUGCUGAUGGGUGUGGGCAUUGCUUGCAUCAUGCUCAUGCCAGGCAUGGAAGGGCAACUGAAGAAGAUUCCAGGCUUUUGUGAAGGAGGAAUGGGGACAUCUAUCCCAGGGGUCGAAGGUCACGUGAACUGCGAUGUGCUGGUUGGGUAUAAGGCUGUGUAUCGUGUGUGCUUUGGAAUGGCCAUGUUCUUCCUGCUCUUCUCUCUCAUCAUGGUGAAGGUCAAGAGCAGCCAGGACCCAAGAGCCGCUGUGCAUAACGGGUUUUGGUUCUUCAAGUUUGCUGCCGCCACUGCUAUUACAGUUGGAGCUUUCUUUAUUCCUGAGGGCCCUUUUACUACUGUCUGGUUUUACCUAGGUAUGGCUGGAGCAUUCUGUUUUAUCCUCAUCCAGCUGGUGCUCUUGAUCGACUUCGCUCACUCUUGGAACGAGUCCUGGGUGGAGAAAAUGGAGGAAGGAAACUCUCGCUGCUGGUAUGCAGCUCUUCUGUCUGCCACAGCCAUCAACUACGCUCUGUCCCUGAUGUCUCUGGUCUUGUUCUAUGUGUAUUACACUCACUCUGAUGGCUGCACUGAGAACAAAGUCUUCAUCAGCAUCAACAUGCUGCUGUGCGUUGGUUCAUCAGUCUUGUCCAUCUUGCCUAAAAUCCAGGAGUCCCAGCCCAGGUCUGGUCUCUUGCAGUCCUCCAUUGUUACCCUGUACACCAUGUAUCUGACCUGGUCUGCCAUGACCAAUGAACCUGAACGCAGAUGCAACCCAAGCUUGCUUGGCAUUAUUGGCCUCAACAGCACCAGCCCUGCUGGUCAGGACCGUGUUGUUCAAUGGUGGGAUGCCCAGGGCAUUGUGGGGUUGAUCUUGUUCCUGAUGUGUGUGCUGUACUCCAGUAUCCGCAACUCCAGCAAUGCUCAGGUGAACAAACUGACCCUCACCAGCGACGAGUCUGCUCUGAUCGAGGAUGGUCCCGCUCCAGAGAACUUUGAAGUGAGCGAUGGCUCCAACCGUGCCGUUGACAACGAGAAGGAUGGAGUCACCUACAGCUAUUCUUUCUUCCAUUUCAUGCUCUUCUUGGCUUCCUUGUACAUCAUGAUGACACUGACCAACUGGUACAGCCCUGACUCCACCUAUGAGACCAUGACCAGCAAGUGGCCCUCUGUGUGGGUGAAGAUCACCUCUAGCUGGAUCUGCAUCUCUCUGUACGUGUGGACCCUGGUGGCUCCGCUGGUCCUCACUAACCGUGACUUCGACUGAGAGGAUGGAAAUCCGCCAUUACCUUUGAAUCCCAUUAGAAUCCGCCAUUACCUUUGUGAAUAUCCACAUGUAUAGGGAUAGGAGGGUUUAAAUGUAAAUACUGCGAGUGCUUUAUUCAUUCAGCUAACCCUACAUGAGUAUUUUUUUUUUUUUUAAUCUAGCAUGCUUUUAUGUAGGUGUUUAUUUGUUUCAUGUAGAAACAGAAACACACACACAAAAAAUGAAGAACACAGCUUGGGUUGCCUGUGAUGUGAUGUGAAUAUUUCCUUUAAGAAUGUGUGUUCUUCAAUACUAAGGAUAAUGCAAUCUUGUUAAAUAAUCUCUGUAUGGUUUAAAAAAUAAAUCAAAUGUAUCUUAAGUUAUUUGUGGAGAGUAGUGAAAAUGCAGGUAGUUUUCCCAUAAGUCAUGACAUUCAGUUUCCUAUAGAACGCACAAUGUAGGCUAUACAGUGUUCAAUUAGCAUUUGGAAAAACAUUAUUGUGGAUUUUGUCAUACUUUUUGCUUCUCCAUUAUUUGCACCAUGAACAUAUGACUGUAAUAUUGACUGUAAAAGUGCUAACCCUUUGCAACUUGCACAUGUUAGUAGUUUGGCGCAGUACUAAUUUUAUGCUUGUAGCCAAUGUGUGUGUUGAACAAUGUUUUAAACUGAAUUUAUCUUUGCUGAUAAAGCUUUAAUAGAUGACUUUAUCAUACAUUGUAUUAGGCAUAAUGGUCAUUUUAUUGAUGCCAGUACUUGCAUACCCCUUUUAUUUGUUGGAUGUCAGUGUUUUUGUUUGCCUUUUGACGUGCAUUGUAAUAAUUCAAUUUCGUCUUAUUAAAGGUUUAAAACCCAA